AUGAUGGAUGCUACUCAUGGCACGAGCAUAGUUUUGCAACGGGCUGAUCUUUCGACUCGUGCAUCUCAUGUCUGUGGCGCAGCUUUGGCGCAAGGAACCAGCUGUGAUGAAGUUGCCACGCUAAUAGAAGGUUUCUUUCUGGUUGUUCAAGACAGUGAUGUCACUGGACCAUUCAGAAAUCUUGCCAAUGCUAAGGAAAAGCUCUUGCAAUACACUGCUGGCAGUCGAAUGAUUGUUGAAGUGAGAAAAGGAGUGGUUCAAAAUGAUCCCCGGACGAUUGCUGGGCAGACACAGAACCCUGCCAAUGGGUUCAGCAGCAAGUGGGAUGGCCCUGGUGAUACGCAAAGGAUGCUUGACCUUGCUGAGCAGUUUCUUCGUUCGCGGUCGGACGAGUUUUCGCAAGACGCAGGCGGUCCCAGCUACUUUGUUGUCGUAGAUAACAAUGCUGUGACUGGAACAUUUACUGAUCUCACGAAGGCCAAGGAGCAGUUGGCAGCAAUUGGCUUUGGCAGCCGAUUGAUUGCCGAGGUGAAAGAAGGCGUGGUUCAAGGCGACCCCCACAAGAUUGCUGGGAAACACCAGACUAAAGCAAAUGGGUUUCAAAAAUUCUGGUAUGACGGGGAUGACAUAAACAGGAUGAUUGGAAUUGCUAAGGAGUACGUCACGCCGUGCUCUUCGUAA